AUGACUAGGCCGCAGAUGAUCCGAGCUGAUACCUUGGACCUUCAAGAUCACGAUACCCCUUCCGCCAAAGAUCACACCAAACAACCCGAACAUCCAGAUCCUCUUGGGAGCGGCCGGCCUGCUCCCCAUCAAGAACUUUCUAUUCGUCAUGCCGAACAAGAUUCGCAAGCGGAGAUAAAGGGCGGACCGGACAAAAAUCACGAAUAUCGAGAACCAGAUGACGAGGAAGAUGAUGAGGAUGGAAAUCACUACGGCCACGAAGAUAGCGACCUGGCAGACGGCGAAAGUGAUGAUAUGAUGGACGAUGAUAUGGACAAAAUCUCCAGUUCGCCAUCUAUCGAUGAUGAGGAUAUCGAUUUUGAGUUUGUAUAUGCACUUCACAACUUUGUCGCAACGGUUGAUGGGCAAGCGAAUGCCGCAAAGGGUGAUACCAUGGUUCUUCUCGACGACAGCAACAGCUACUGGUGGCUUGUGCGCGUGGUGAAGGAUGGCAGCAUUGGCUACCUCCCUGCGGAGCACAUCGAAACACCAACCGAAAGGCUUGCCAGAUUGAACAAACACAGAAACGUGGAUCUAUCUGCGACCAUGUUGGGCGACAAUAACGAAAAGUCGAAGAAUCCUUUGAAAAAGGCCAUGCGCCGUCGCAAUGCGAAGACUGUCAACUUCGGGGCCCCGACGUACAUAGAUGCCUCCGACGUCGACUACUCAACGGACGAUGAUUCCGAACACGGCGACUUCUUCAAUGACGACGAAACUCUGGACGGGGAAGAGGAAGAUGUGCAAGAACAAGCUGAAGAUAUUGUUGUGGAACCUCUUAGGCCCAAAGCCCAGAAAGAGAACUCCACAGACCAUGCCGAUGCCAACGGUGUAGAAAAACAAGAUCUGCAGCGCUCAGGCUCUGAACGACGCCCGUCUAGUGAAGAGUUCUUUGAGGCCGAAGGUAAACACACUCAUCUCCGCUGCUCUCGGAUUGGAUCUGGAACUCACUCUUACAAAGUAGAACCCCCUGUCAGUAGAUCCAGGAAUGGCACUGUACGGAACACCGAUUCCUUCUUCAAAGACGACACUGCGGAGCCUAAGAAGAUUUCUCUUACGCCAAAUCUCUUGCGCGAUAUUCGCGAUGAAAACAACACAAAUACCUUGGCUGAGUGGAAAGAGCCUACUCGUGGAAGCUUUGAAUCCAUCGAAAAGGGCUCUAAUUCACAGGACAAAUCCAAAGAGAAAGAGGAGAAGAAGCGAAAAGACAAGAAACCUGGAAUGCUCAGUGGGCUAUUCAAGCGCAAGAAGAGCAAAGAUGACAUUGACGACCCAGAGAAGUCUCCUGCAGAGUCAGCAUUCCGCACAUCACCCCAACCCAAGACCUCGAUGGAGUCUAUCUCAUCGAAGUCUUUGUCCCCCGAACAACAGCGGCCCUCUAAGCCCCAGAAAAUAUCGAACAACAAGCUACAUAAGCAACCCCCAGGAAUCAUGAAGGUUGAUCCAGUCCUUGAUCCUGCGAUGGCCGAGUUCGCCAGGGGCAAUGAGGCCAUUAACCAGACCCAGGGUAACAAGAGCAUCCGACAGGUGCCACUACAAGAAGAAAGAGAAAGCAGCUACGAAGACUGUGGGAUUGUAUUACAAUCGCCUGUCAGCCAGUCGAGUCCUUCCAAGGAUCCAUUUGCUACUCCGCUUGAAUCCAUGGACCCCAUGGAAUCGCCUAUUGAUCGACCAUCCAGUGAAGCUCAAUGGAGAGGACCCAAUGAUCCCGGCCGGACAAUGGCUGGACCCGUAUCCGUUACAUCUCCACCCCAGAAAUUCGCCCCUACGCUGGGCGCUAGAGAUGAGUCAGAGUCCCCUGUCAAUAUUUCUCCCGUGGAAGCUUAUUCCCCCAUGAGCGCACGCGGCUCAACAAAUAACGCCUCUCCUCGAGAAGUUCGCUCUCUCUCGCCACCAUCUCCGCCAUCAUCACCCGGGCAGGACGCUAAUUACCCCAAGGGUGGCACGGCUGCUACUGCCUCACUCGACACUCUUUCGGUGGACACCCCGACGUGGAGCGACUCCAGUCUGCGAUCAUAUAUGGACGAAGAAAACGAUAUUCGCGACUUGUUUAUUAUUGUCCAUGACAAAUCAAAUGUACCUCCCGCUGGCCCUGACCACCCAAUCACUGGUCGCCUAUUCAAAGAGGAAAGCAAGAGACUCAAGGAGAUGAACAAUCAGCUUGAUGAAAUGCUUGUGAACUGGAUGUCACAGCGGACUCGCAGCUCGACCUCUACUCGUGGCAUUUAG